AUGACUUGGUCCACAAAAGAAUGCACGAUUCGUGACUUGCUUGGAUGAGAUAUAUGUCUAUCGCACGAUUAAAUUUGUUUCUGAUCUGAAAUGGGAACCAAAGUAUGCUUAUCUCGUACUCAUCAGUGCUGUCAAUACUGUUGAAUUGGAACCUUAUAUUUUGCAAUUUUAUGCAUCUAUUCAUAUAUCACAGGGUAUUGUCAAUACUGGUUUCGACAAUGUUUUUAUUGAAAUAUCUGUUUUCUGUAUGGUAUUUGAUUUGAUUCUGAUUGUGGUCUGUAAACUGUGCCGUAUCUACUGACCAUGCCACUCAACGGCAGGUGCACAUGAAGCUGUGGUUUUUGACUGCCACAAAAUCAUACGUGCAAUCUCUCAUUUUUAGGAUUCAUAGAUAUCUUAUAUCGGUGAUCCAAAUUGAGUCCAUUAUCGUUAAUGUUUCUUGUUUUUCAUAUUUCAUUUUCAUAGCUGUCUCAGUGUCAUCAGGAGAUGAACUGUUCAAAUCUGAGGAUGGCCCGUUUGUCCUUUUGGUAAUGGCUGUCAUUUAUUUAGAUCUGAGUCAGGAUCAGUCAGGCGUUCGCUUUUUCCUUUGCUUCUCUUAUCAUUUGGAGAAAAUGGUAUCCUUCUACAUAGUCUAGGACUCGGGAUCUCCUGCAGAGUUUGAACAGAAGCAGUCAAGUUUAAAGAGAUAGCAUGAUGGACGAUGUUGCAUGCAUAGUAUGGUAGACAUAGGUGGCCAGAAAUGUUGGAAUUUUUCAAAUGGUGCAUAAUGAUACAAGGGCGUUGGAGAACGCCAUGGUGCAGUUGUUGAAAACGUGGAUUGAGAACCCCAGCAUGUUACACAGGCUAUGCUUACCUGGAGAUGUUAAGGUCUUUUUCCCAGUGAAGAUAGGACAUGAUGUCAGUGUGAUGUUAACAGUUUUUAUUAUAAAUUGUCGAGUUUGAUUAGUAAUGGGCAUGAGCAGAAACUUUAACCUUUGUGUAUGCUCAUGUCUUGUUGUUAAUUCGCUAUAAUUUUCAGCACCUGCAAUGGUAAAACCAGCCGAAGGGGACAACAAAAAUCUCCAAAAUUCCGUUGGAGAGACUUCCAGUGAUGCAUUUAUAAGAUCCAUAUCUACUGCAUCAGAACAACCGAUGAGGGAGGAGCAAGUACAGAAUGCAGUCAAGUUCCUGUCGCAUCCUAAAGUUAGAGGUUCUCCUGUCGUCUACCGUCGAUCUUUCCUUGAGAAAAAGGGCCUCACAAGGGAGGAAAUAGAUGAGGCCUUCCGCCGUGUUCCUGUAAGCAAUUCGUUGACUUAUUAUUGCUCCUGGUUUAUUCAAAAUCCAAUCUCUUGUUCGAUAUUUGCCGUCCCAUCUUGAUGUUAUUAUUUUUAAGUAUUGCAUGGUGCACCAAAGUAUGUUUUAUUGUUCCUUCAUGACAAUCUUUCAUCUCAUGUUCUUAGGAUCCACCUUCAAACACUGCUGUGGUUGAAGCAGCUAAACCAGCACAAGGUAAGAAGUUAAUUAAUUUGCAUUAAUAUUGAUCGAAUUUGAAUUAUCAAGAUAGUAUCUGGUAAAAGACUUCAGUAAUGGCCAAAAAGACAUCCCUAUGUCUGUGCUUGCACCAGAAAUGUGUAUGGUUUAAAAGUACUCGUGAAAGUAUUUAUAAUUUCCAGAUUUAUAAGGCUACUGUUAAUCGUGUAUUUCAAAUGUCUGGUUAAUCUCAGUGGAGUCAUCUUAAUAUUUUCAAAUGUUUUGGUUUCCCUGAGUACGUUUUGGACUUCUUUUUGGGCCACAAAUUGCAUUGUUGCCAGAAAAGCUAAAAAAGUAACACUGUGGACAAAAUAACACUAUGACAAAAUUUAUGAGGCAAGUGAGAACAUGCGCACAUCUUCUCUCCCUCCCCUCCCCGUGCUCUCUCUCUCUCUCCCCCCCCCCUCUCUCGCACACGCACUAACUCGCUCACCCGCAUGCACAGUACUUGCAUUUUGUAAACAUCUCUGGAAAGAAUGUCACAGCUAUAAUCCACACAGUAAACCCAAACAAGUCUAAUUUUUCAACAGUUCGUUUUACACUUCUUUGUAAAAUGAAAUAUUGGCUAAACAGAAUUGGAAAUGGCAGAACUGGUCAGAACUUACUUGGAUUGUGCUAGUUCUGUCUGUUUUUGUCCCUGAAAUGCUGGAAUCAGCCUUUACUGACCCGUCCAGGGUUAGAUCAAACGGAAACUGCACUAAAUCCUCCGGAAAGGUCCCUGCAUUGUCUACAACGACCGAACGGAGGAAGAUUGUCUUAUGUUUUUGGAAUACUUAUAGUAUCUUUUGCUGAACUAGCAGAGCUAAUCGUGCCUAUGUAGAACCAACCGUCUCCUGAACCAAAACGAAACUGAAUAGCAAACACCAUAGACUAGUCUGGAUGAGGAAUCCGAUUAACUUCCUUGGUCUAUUUAAGCUAGCGUUGCUGUAGUGACUUCGGUGCCGAAUAUAAGAUGUAACCAUUGUUAAAUAGAAAGACAAACAACUGGAGAAUCUUCUUUGACAAUUUUUUUAGGCCCCAAAAGUAUGAUGUGAACUGUUUUUAUGUUCUGUAUCAAAAGCAACCAAUAUUGCAUCAGUAUAUCGACGAGGGGCUUCCUGUUUUCUUUUUCUUUUUUCAAUCUUCUUUUCCGUUUGUCUAAAUAUGGAAUGGCCGUAUUUCUUGACAGGUAGCCUGGAAAAACCAUCUACAGCUUUACAGUCCCAAGUUCCAGCUCAGACUAUCCAAACUGCUGUUGCACCUUCCAAUAUUGUUCCCCCAGCACCUGCCCUGCAGUCCAGAUUUCAGUGGCCUUACAUUGUCCUUGCUGUUGGAGUUCUUGCUACUUCAGGAGCUGGGACUGCUGUGCUGUUCAAGGUAUACACUGCCUUUAUCCUAUCCGCCAAAAGAUGUGUUACCCGCUGUCUGUUUUUUCUCUGAGUAGCCGCCCUACUGAUUAUUCUCCUUUCUUGGACUUUGAUUUCUUGAUGGGGUGUACAUAUUUAUUUAAUCCAUUUCUGGCAUAGAAUGCUGUUAUACCCAGGCUGAAAGCUUGGAUCCGUAAAGUCGUAAAGGAAGAAGAUGAUGCUGAAAAGAAAGUGAAAAUGGGACCAAGUGCAGCCGAAGAAGCUGCAGAAGCCGCAAAAACCGCUGCUUCUGCUGCUGCUGUUGUUGCUAAAGCAUGUCAAGAUUUGUUGAGUGCACGGAGUGAAGGUCUUCCUCUCCUAGAUCCUUAAAGCCUUUUUUUUUUUCCCCUUGAAUUCAUAUUUCAGUUGUCUAUCCCAUCACUGAAACUUGAUAUUAUUUUUCCUAUUUUACAGAGAAGAAGUAUUUUGAGACAUUCAUGAGCUUAUUAGAUGCGCAAGUGAAGGAGAUGAAAUCUAUGGGAAGUGCUAUACGGGAGUUGGAGACUACAAGAGAAUCUAUCCAUCAACAAGACAAGAGAAAGGCAGACACUCAAUUUGCAUCAGGAAAUGGUGAAUCAUAAUUGAUUCAAGAAAUGUGCAUAUUUUGAAGAUUGAUGUGUUAUGCUUUAUUACAUAAGACUAAAAUGUAAUUUUAUAAAAGAUAUUUGGUUGAUAUCUAGAUUCAUUUUGUGAAACAAUCAUUGCAGUACUUUGAUGUCAAUUUCACAUGGUUACAUUGUUCUCCCCUUAUUCUUCAUGCCUAUCUCCAUUUUUCAUUCUUUAAUGAAAAGCAAUGUCACUGGCUGCGGUUGUCAUCAAUGACUAUUUUAUGGUUUUAUUCGUCAAUAAAUUGUACUUGUUUUUCUUCCAUUUUGAUUCUACAUGGUCUAUCAAUUAAAUAACAAAAAAAUGGGUUUUACACUGAUAGCACUUUGUGCCACUUUGGUUUGAAUUGAGCUAAACAAGCCUUGGAAUCCUAAGUCAAGUAAUCCAAUGACCAAAGAGUUGAGAUUCUCUCAUUCUGCCAUCCCGUGCCCAUAAUAGAUGAGUAAUUGAUCUAACUCGGAAUCAAAGAUCUGUUGUUAGUAUAAACAUGACUUGACUAGCUUACUCUAUUCUGUUGUUUUGCUCAUAAAUUUGUUAAAACUUCUUCCAGCGAUUUAUACUCUUUCUCUAUUGGUUAGUUUACCAUAUUAAAUGCAUUUUAUCUACAAAUAAAGCGUGAAGGUUUGGUCACAUCCAUUGAGAACCUCUUGAGAUGUGGGGUCCAGUGUUGCGAGUCAUGCAAUCAUGUUUUUUUCCAUUUGCUGAAGCUGCGUCUUUACACGAAGAAACCCACGUUUUUCGAACCACAAUAAUCAUCAUGAACUCGUGGAAAAUGUUUUAACUUUUGAUUUUGAUUUAUAAUGAGGAUUAGAAGCAAUGAGUGGGUGUUCUAUAGUAGAACAUUCUCCAGUAUAAGAGUUGUUUUAUCUGCUGAUUGCACAGCCCUAGUCAGGGGUACAGGAAGACAUUGAUGCUAUUGUUAUCGUUCUUCAUCUUUUAAGCAUAUAGUUGCAGGUGAUUUUGAGUCUUUCUUUGGUGUGUUCACCGGAACAAGUUAAACUUAAAAUUUUUCUGUUACGUUAGCUCCAUUUUCCUCAACGGAUCGUGUGGUUUCCAGGGCCAAUCAAUAAUACUCGUAUGGCUCCCACUGUUAAUCAGUCAGAUUCAAGGAUUUCUUCUGUUAGUCCACAGGUAAAACUCACACUGUAUGUGAUUUGAGACAGACCAAUUUGUGGUAUUUUCAGCAUUUUCCUCAUCAAUAUGUAAUGAAAUGAUUCAUAUGUUUCUCUAGGGAUGGAAAGUGAAUGCCACUGAAGAUAGGUCCUCAUCGGCACCUGCAUCUGUGGAAUCCACCGAAACUCCUUACCCUAAGUCAUUCAUGGAGGUGCAUAAUUUUUUAUUGUUAUGAAUCUUCUGAACUGUACAGAAGACUAGUUUGUACAUAUCUUUAAAUUCGAAUGCCUAUAUCUUUGCUUUUUCAUAGCUUGGCUGUUAUUGGAACCACGCAUUAAAUAUUGAUUUUGUUCAGUGUCUUGCUGUCUGUGGGAUUCUCUCUUAGUCCACAUGCCUUUGGUCGUAUACAUGUUUAAUACUGCAUCGGAUUUCCAAUGUGAAAAAAAAGAAAAAAUCAUCUACGACGAGCAUCAUAUAUGUUAUGUUAUGGGGCAUAGCCUAGGACCUCAAUGGAGCUGCAAAGCAUGGGAGCAGACCAGGAGGAAUAAGCUGCUUCAGAUAGGACCUAAAUGACAUUGCAAAGCAGAAAGGCCAGCCUGUGACAGGAUUGAUAAAUGUUGAGUGCGCAUGCUUGAGAAAACACAAGGGGCGGGCUAACCCUGGAAUUCAAAUGGUUGGUCGAAUGAUGUCGUUGGAUGGUGCAAGAACAUCCCACAUUCAUUCUGGCAGUGGAGAAAAUAUUCUGCUCCACUUUUUAUUUCAGUCGUUUUGAGUGGGAUCACAUAGCUUGCAAGGUGUUUUUUUUGAUGUUCAAAGCUCGAAAUGAAACACCUAAACAUGCUCUUCCAUUCAUGCAAACAUACCAAAGUUCUUUAUUCUUCCUCCAUUCUUCGCUAUUCCUGUCACUCUCUCAGUCCUUUCAUUUUGACUUUGCAGAUCAUGUCUAUGGUGCAGAGAGGGGAAAAGCCUCCUGGAAUAAAGGUACAUGCCUUUGUUCUUUGCUCUUUUUCACAUGCCCAAUUCUUGAGUGGAAGAAACCCUCAAAACUCCAUAUAUUCAUCGCCUAAGAACCCCAUCUCAAAUGCAUAUCGAAGGCCCAUUUUGCUCUUCUUUUUAAAAUACUUUAAGUCGCUGGGAAGAAAGCCAGAGAGCGACAAGGAUGGCCCUUCUUACCGAUCACCUUCCCCUUAUCUCCUCUCGCUAUAAUCUACAGCGGGAAGGAGGCGGCGAGGGGCUUUUGGGCUUUUUAUCCUUAAUAAUCCUUAAGUCCUCGUUCUCUUUCUCUUAAAUAUGUGUUUAUCUAUUUGAUCGUGCAUUAUUCUUCCAAUUCUCAAGUUGCCUCUUCCCUGAAACUAGGAGAUCAACGACAUGCCUCCAAACCCAAAUCAACAACCUUCAAACCCUCGUCUGGCGCCUAGAAUGAAGGUAAGUGGGCUAUACCUGCUUUUGUCGACGUAAAUAUGUUUCAUGCAGGAUUUACUUUAUCUGUUUGCGAUAAAUAUGUAUAUAUAUAUAUAUAUAUAAAGUAAUAUUCAGUUGCUGUUGAAUUUAGGGUUAAAUUGGUUUGACUGCUAUCCUGAUGACAGCUUCACGAACACAGUUGGUUAAUAGGGUGGGGUUUCCUACUUUUUUUCUAGCCAUGGGAAGCUGCUGCCCAGGCUCAGCAGAGCUCUACUAUACAUAAAUAUAUAUAUAUAUAUAUAUAUAUAUAAAGUAAUAUUCAGUUACUGUUAAAUUUAGGGUUAAACUGGUUUGAAUGGUGUCCUGAUGAGAUUUUCACGAACACAGUCGGUUGAUUGGGUGUGGUUUCCUACUUUUUUUCUAGCCAUGGGAAGCUGCUGCUCAGGCACAGCAGAGCUCUGGCUAUGGAUGGACAUCCGAAACGCAAGACAAUGGGCUGACCUCUCCGGUUAACGGCAACCCAUAUAAUGGCCCAGAGCCGUCGUGGAAACAGAAGACUCCAGAGCUGGAGGAGCAAGGGUCGUCCUCAUAUGGCUUCGGGUCUAAAAACUGGCCCGGCAGAGACUGGGUGCCCCCACAGACACCGUCGGUGGCCAUUCCCGAAGCCGCCGCCGCCAUCCGCAAGCCCAAGCCUAAGCAGCAGCCGCCCGCCGAGCCGCCAUCGGUGCCGCCAUCUGGCCUGGGGGAAGUUGAUAUCUUGCAGGUUCCCCCUGAAUUGGCGGCCGGAGCUGGGAGCUCUGAUGAUGGGGCGUCGGACAUGAACCACCAUCAUCUCAGUGAGAUAAAGCAAGAAGAUGUUGACGAUGUGGUUGAGGCACACUGA